CUCCGGGCCGGCGCGCGCCGCGGCAGCCGCCCUCCGCGCCUCCGGAGCCAUGGCCGCGGGCCGCAGGGGCUGGGACGGCGCCCGCGAGGACGACCUGCCCGUGUACCUGGCGCGGCCGGGCACCGCGGACCAGGUCCCGCGGCAGAAGUACGGCGGCAUGUUCUGCAACGUGGAGGGCGCCUUCGAGAGCAAGACGCUGGACUUCGACGCCCUGAGCGUGGGGCAGCGGGGCGCCAGGACGCCCCGGAGCGGCCAGGGCGGCGGCCGCGGCCCGGCGAGCGGAGCCGGGCCGGACGCGGACCCCCCGCGCAGGGGCCGCGGCCGGGAGGAGGGCGGGGAGCCCGCGCCCGCGCCGCCCGCGCCCGCCGGCGUGGAGAUCCGCAGCGCCGCGGGCAAGGAGGUGCUGCAGAACCUCGGCCCCAGGGACGAGAGUGACCGUCUUCUUAUCAAGGGAGGCAGAAUCGUCAACGAUGAUCAGUCCUUUUAUGCUGAUAUUUACAUGGAAGAUGGCUUGAUAAAGCAAAUUGGAGACAAUCUGAUUGUCCCUGGAGGCGUGAAGACCGUGGAGGCCAAUGGGAAGAUGGUGAUCCCUGGAGGCAUCGAUGUCCACACUCACUUCCAGAUGCCGUACAAGGGGAUGACCACAGUGGAUGACUUCUUCCAAGGGACAAAGGCUGCCUUAGCAGGCGGCACCACCAUGAUCAUUGACCACGUGGUGCCCGAGCCCGGGUCCAGCCUGACCGAGGCCUAUGAGAAGUGGCGCGAGUGGGCUGAUGGCAAGAGCUGCUGCGACUACGCUUUGCAUGUGGACGUCACCCACUGGAGCGACAGCGUCAAGCAGGAGGUGCAGGGCCUCAUCAAGGACAAAGGGGUCAACUCCUUCAUGGUGUACAUGGCCUAUAAGGAUUUGUAUCAAGUGUCCAACACAGAGCUCUACGAGAUCUUCACCUGCCUGGGAGAGCUGGGGGCCCUUGCUCAAGUCCACGCUGAGAACGGGGACAUCAUCGCCCAGGAGCAAGCCCGGAUGUUGGAAAUGGGGAUAACGGGCCCAGAAGGCCACGUGCUGAGCAGACCCGAGGAGCUGGAAGCUGAGGCUGUGUUCCGUGCCAUCACCAUCGCCAGCCAGACCAACUGCCCUCUGUACAUCACAAAGGUCAUGAGCAAGAGUGCAGCCGACCUCAUCUCACAAGCCAGGAAAAAAGGAAACGUGGUCUUCGGUGAGCCCAUCACCGCCAGUCUCGGCACGGACGGGACCCAUUAUUGGAGCAGGAACUGGGCCAAGGCGGCCGCGUUUGUGACUUCCCCCCCGCUGAGCCCAGACCCGACCACUCCCGACUACAUCAACUCCUUGCUGGCCAGCGGGGACCUGCAGCUCUCCGGGAGUGCCCACUGCACCUUCAGCACUGCCCAGAAAGCCAUUGGGAAGGACAACUUCACAGCCAUUCCCGAGGGCACCAACGGGGUGGAGGAGCGGAUGUCCGUCAUCUGGGACAAGGCUGUGGCCACAGGGAAAAUGGAUGAAAACCAGUUUGUGGCUGUGACAAGCACCAAUGCUGCCAAGAUCUUCAACCUGUAUCCCCGCAAGGGAAGAAUAUCUGUGGGUUCUGACAGCGACCUGGUGAUAUGGGACCCGGAUGCCGUGAAGAUCAUCUCUGCCAAGAGCCACCAGUCGGCUGCCGAGUAUAACAUCUUUGAAGGGAUGGAGCUGCGUGGGGCCCCGCUGGUGGUCAUCUGCCAGGGCAAGAUCAUGCUGGAAGACAACAACCUGCACGUGACCCAGGGGGCUGGCCGCUUCAUCCCCUGCAGCCCGUUCUCUGACCACGUCUACAAGCGCAUUAAAGCUCGGGGGAAGAUGGCGGACCUGCACGCGGUCCCGAGGGGCAUGUAUGAUGGGCCAGUGUUUGACCUGACCACUACGCCCAAAGGGGGCACCCCCGCAGGCUCCACCCGGGGCUCCCCGACGCGGCCGAACCCCCCCGUGAGGAACCUCCAUCAGUCAGGAUUCAGCCUGUCGGGUACCCAGGUGGAUGAGGGGGUCCGCUCGGCCAGCAAGCGCAUCGUGGCGCCCCCCGGGGGCCGCUCCAACAUCACAUCCCUGAGCUAAGAAACCCCUUCCCAGAGGGGGGCGAGAAGAGAUGUCUGAAGCCAAAACGGUACCCCAACAUGUCAGAAGGAAGGAGGAUCCAGUGGCGACCUAAAGAGUCGAUAAGCCUGAAGCCUUAUGUUUCUCUGAUGUUACGCUCGCUUGCCUAGCUUUACGAAUAUCGCUUUGUUUUCUGUUUAUGCCUAUAGCCCUGAUUGGUUUGACGCCCUCCCCCAUCUACAUGCAUGCAGUCAGACAGGCCCUGAAGGCGCAGAGCCUGCUCUGUAGUGUUGAGAGCGUGUGUAGUGCUACAUCUUACGACACGGGGACAAAGCUGGGAUGUCAGGAACAUGAACAAAAGGGACGCAGUUAUUUGGGGUGCACGGGUGGUGGGAGUUCGGAGCAAAGCAGAGAGCUCAGAGGGGCUGGGGUGGGGCGUGUGGAGGGAGGGGGGCGGGUGGGUGAGCAUAAGGGGGUCUCGUGUAUUGUAUUGAUGACGCAUGUUUAUUUCCAUGGAAGACGGCCACUUGGGGCAGCUGUCACCUCCACACAGUCCCUUGGGGUCUGGAGCAGGCAGGCGGUCUUCAGGUUCCAGACGUUGUCAUGUCCCCUCCUACCUUUUACUCCUUUGAACAUUUUAUUAAAACAUCAAAACCCAGCCAUAACUUCCACCUGCUUGAUCGUUCUGGCAUUUGGUUGGGCCUCUUUCUCAGCGUUGCUUCCAGAUUCUUCCCUUUCCUGGGCUGGGCAGGAAGAGAGAGGAGAGCAAAGGGCACUUCUCUUCUCUCGCCCUACCUGCCCCUUUGGUGCUUUUACAAGGCUACAGCUGGGAGCACAGCACAGACCCUGCGGGGAGGGGCAGCCGUGCUUACCCGACACCUGCCCCCAGCAGGUGUUGGAAGGCGCCACUCAGCGCCCGUCUUUGUAAGGGGAGGGGAGUAGCGUGCCUCUGGCAUCCCGAGUUAGGACCGGAGCUGAGACGGACCCAUGGAAGGGCUGCCCUUGCCGGCGGUGAGUGUUUGAUUCUCUCCAUAUCUUGAGUUCCAGGCACAUCCACGAUUGAAUAGGAUGUUUUGUUUUGAAAAUUUAUUUUCUUAGGUGUUCCCUACACUCUACUAACAGGUAAUCUCAGUUUAUAAAGGAGCCAAGCAGGGAUUUGGGAAAGCCAGUCUUGGGCGGAGGGAGCCCCGUCUGUGGCCCUCAUUCUGCUCUUCGGUCCUAAACCAUCCGUUUCCCCUGCUGUUGGCAUGUCCUUCAGGGGAACUUUCUGUUUCUGUGCUGAAACCUCCCGGGGCGAGUGGAAGUGGCAUGCAGCCCUCCCGUGCCACAUAAACGACAUUAGCAUGGACGGCUUGCACCUGUCUUGUCUGUCCGAGCUGAACGUCCAUUUCAGAACGAGUUCUGUGAGCUCCAUGAGGAUCUGUGGACCCCAGAGGCGGCCCACAUAAAGGAAAAAUAUGUCCAACCUGGGCUCAGACUUCUGUGCUUGGGGGCUCCAGCUGGUAGAUCCCAUAACGCUGGGUCCUGAGUAUGUUAGAAGGAAAGAAAAAGCACACCUCAGACACCUUUCAGCUGCUUAGGAGAAGCCAUUAUCUCUGGCUGCAGGUUUUUAGUAAGUUAAAGACCAGAGAAAAUGGAACACGUGGCUGAGAGGAAUUUGAAAAUAGCCAAGGAAUAGGAUUUCCCCUAGCAAGCUAAUUUCUUGUUCUUACCAGGAAAACAAUUACUUCUCAUAAUAAGGAAUCUUGCUAUUUCAAGGGUUUUUCAUGGUGCCUUUGUUUUAAGGGAUAUUUAAGUGAAGGGGGGCGUGUAGUUCUGAAUUUGUAACUCGAGGACUUAGGGGCCCGCUGUAGAACUCAGAGUGACAGUUUGCACGCAGAGGGGGCUUAGCCGACCCGAAUACCUCAUUGGUCGGACUGGACCGUAGGAUGUGUUGCAGUACCAGCCACGACCACCAGAUGGAGGAAAAGAUGCGUAAAUAAACUUGUGGAACCCCCUGCUGUUCCCCGGACCCCUGAGUCUAACUUGUCCCUCCGUGAUCUCCCUAUGCCGUGAAAAUAAAUCUUUCAUGGCCAGAUCGGUCGUCUGCGCUAUACUUGGGGAUUCCUAAAUGAAGCAUUUAACCAGAACUUCAUAUUCUGUGCAAGCUUUCCAUGCUGUAGGAUCAACCCCUCAAUGCCCCCAUCAAGGGCAGGCAACAAGACCUGAGAAAGACCCCCUUUCUUCACAUAUUAGUAACUUUCCAAGCAUAGAAAUUCCUGAGACUGCCAAGAAAACUCCUGCUAUUUUCCUUGACUUGGUACUCAAGUUAAAAAUUAAUAUUCAAAUGUGUCUUGUUCCACGGGACGCACUGAAGAUUCCAAUACGAAGGGUUUAGGAAGUGACCGUGCCAAUGAGUCGUUGCCCUCGGGGUUCACUGGCAUCUCACCCAGGUGUGGGAGGGCAGGCUGGAUCUUCCGCCUCCCACCCAAGCUUUCUCUGGCCAUCUCCCCUCUCGGCCUGGCCCCUCUCUAAGGAUGCCCUGCCUACCCCCGACCUUCUCACAUUGUACCUAAACCCAGACGGCAACCUGGGAAGGCCACCAUCGUGGGUAAUUGAGAAGGUAGCUAUGGAAUUGUUAAAUCAGCCACCCCAGUAGAGAAAUUUCUGCCAGGUUUUCUAAAAGUGGCACAGUAGUAGUCAUCCCCCAAAUGGGCUUUCUUCCAAGUCCAGCCAUCCUGUGUGGCCUUUGUCUUCAUGCCUACACCCAGAGAAUCAUGCUCCCCUCCAAAGGCCUCCGUUCUAAUCCUGCACUUCCGCUCACCCCGAGAAGCCCUUCCUAAGUGGGUGGAUGAGUCCCAACUUUCGUUCUUGCCACAAAGUUUCCAGGCCUUCCCCCCUGGAAAACUCCGGCUUGAGUCCCAGAUGUUACCCACGGGCUGUCCCGGGCAGCCAGCAUUCAUUGUAAGUUCCCUCUUUGGAAAAUGGUGUGUGGGUGUUCAGUUCCGUGUCUGGUGAAUGUGGACAGACCGUAAACCUCCCUGUGACCUGUGGUAGCUGUGAGGCGGCUCUGGAAUGUGAAGGGCUGCUUGGUUUGAACCGUGAAGAAAACUGUGUUUUGAGUUUAGCUGAGAUUUAAAAAAAAAA